AGCAUCUUAUAAUAUAGCCAUGAUUACACACCACAACGCCGGAAACUCAUUAGAAGAAGACGAAGAAGAACAGUAGCUACUAGCUAGGUGGCAAAAUCGUGUCAGUGAAGGGCCAAGACAGCAAGUGAGACAUAAAAUCAUAAAGCUAUUCUAUCACAAUGCUUCCACUAUCUCUGCUGAAGACUGCCCAGAACCAUCCUAUGCUGGUGGAGCUGAAGAACGGAGAGACGUACAACGGUCACCUGGUCAGCUGUGACAACUGGAUGAACAUCAACCUGAGAGAAGUCAUCUGCACCUCAAGGGAUGGAGAUAAGUUCUGGAGGAUGCCUGAGUGCUACAUCAGAGGAAGCACAAUCAAAUACCUGCGAAUCCCCGACGAGAUCAUCGAUAUGGUGAAGGAGGAGGUGGUGUCGAAGGGCCGUGGACGUGGAGGCACCCAGCAGAACAAACAGCAGGGCAAAGGAAGAGGAGGAGGAGGAGGAGCCGGCCGCGGUCUGUUUGGCGGUCGUGGCAGAGGAAUGACUGGUCCUGGUCGGGGCCAGCAGCAGCAGCAGCAGCAGCAGCAGCAGCAGCAGCAGCAGCAGCAGCAGCAGCAGCAGCAGGAUAAGAAACCGGGCAAACCACAGGGAAUGAAGAACCAGCACUAACAUUACACCUUCAACAACACAUCCUGUCAAUCAGAGUAAUUUCUCCUUCAGUACAUGAAGAUAAAAUUGACUCUCUGGUGUUUCCUUCUGCUGUGAUGUUUUGUCAGGACGGACCAUUGCAGAAA